AUGGAGGUCGAACAACACACCGUAGUAGGUAGGACGAAGAGAGUUUAAGUUUACUCAUUCUUUCGGUAUUCUAUUGACAAGCCUACGGAAGUUUUCCAUGGAGUGAGUUUAAAAGUUUAGAGUUCUUAAAGGGUUUUACUUUUAAUUAAAAUCCCAUUAGCUAGAAUACGACACUGAGGUGUAGCUAUGUUUCCGCUACAAAAAUGUAGACUCCGUCUUUAUUUUUUUCACUUCGGACGGCGCGUAACUGUGUAGCUCGUCUUGGUAUUUCAAUUACGCCUGGGGAAAGGCUUCCUCUGGUGCUAUUCCAUUUCCAUGGAAUCACAGGAAACCAAAAUUAUUAUACCAGUGAAAAAUAUUUCUUUGGCUAAACUCUAUUCCGCUGCCUUGUUGGAGUAUUAUUUUGCUCAGAUAGAUUUGAAAUUAAUCCAAAGCAAGUUCAAAACUUCGACACUUAGGGUCUUGCGACACUCAUUCAACGGUUUUGUGACUUUUUUGUUUUGACUAUCGCAUUAUUCAGAAGAGCGAGACAUGGAGCGCGAGAGCUCUUCCCCGAAGAAACAAGAAUCUAUUGAGCGUAAGCCCGAAGUGCUGUGCAAAGUUUGCGGGGAUAUUUCGUCUGGAAGGCACUACGGAGUUUAUACGUGCGAUGGCUGUAGCGGUUUCUUCAUGCGUAGCGUGCGAAGAGACAUGGUCUACUCCUGUAAGGGCAACGGAAAUUGUGUUGUUGACAAGAAACGACGAAAUCAGUGUCAAGCUUGCCGGUUUCAGAAAUGCCUCGAUGUCAAGAUGAACAGGUUUGGUAAGUGAGAAAGUUACUCGUAAAGUUAUUUUUCGAUCGCCAUCAGCUCAUCAUCAACGCAACACGCUCACGCCCCGCAAGUGGCUCAAUGGACGGCCAAGCAAUUAAAACUCGCCCCGAUCAUAAAAUUUGUUUUCGUUUUUGGCACAUAUCUUAAGAGAGGGGCUUAACCUAAUUCCAGUGUAUCAUUGUCGAAUAAUCGACGGGCAAAACGCAUUGUACGUGUUGUUUUGUAACUCAUUCUAAAAUAUAUCAUUAAGGUUCAAAGGAGGUGGAAAGCUUUUAUAAAAAAUUUGAAGCGAUGAUGAUUCUAGCUGAUUUUGUUUGUGAUGUUUUUCCUUGUAGCGUGGAAUGCGCUUCAUUUCCUUUCACUUUGGGAAAAAAUUAAAUUUUAAUUUGGCGACAGAAUGUUUACUUGGGAGAUCCAAAACGUUAAAAUUGCAGGAUUUUGUCGAAAAGUUCCCAAAGUCGAUUUGCAAGAAUCUGUUUGAUGUGUAAGUUGAAUUAGGGAAGAUAUGUUUGAUAAAGAUUGAAAGCGCCCGAAGGUUUUUACCGUAUUUUACAAUGUUUGGUAUUUCGGAAUUUUCUUUAAUUUGACAAUGUGAUAGAUAUUUGGUAGAUGAUAUUUUGAUACUCCGGUGGAGCCACAUUGUUCCCUAAAUACAUUGAAUUUCGAAGACAGCAAUUAGUUCCAAUUAAUCUUUAUAAUAAAAAGGAAACGUCAAACUUUCCUUCCAUUCUUUGCUGACAACAAAUCACUGUGUAUUUUCGCAAGCUGCGGUUUAAGAACCUUCGCAAUUAAAGUUUAUUUAUUCUAAGCCAAGGCCAUGUAGUUCUCUAAGAAAUUAGAGUUUCCCAACGAAAUGAGUAAAUAAAUGUGUCCUAAUGAAAAGCUAGCAUGAUAUCUCGGGCAGAUUAGAAAAACAGUAAAUUGUUUCAAGUGAUAAUCUGCGGCAUUCCCGAGAAGGACAUAUGUCCAGCUAAUGAGCACAGGUGAAAACAGGUCUUUCAAAUGAUUCACGAGGAAAAAAAACAGUUGGUGGUUUCCUUGAGAAGGAGAUACUUUCCUUUAGUUGUAAUGUAUAAAGGGCGCUACAUAAGCUACUAGUGCAUCAGAAAAUUCGCCUCUUUGCUUCUGGGAGGCGAAAAAGAUUGAAUGUGUUGGGAUGUCGCCCUAAAUCGUUUACCGCAGGUGAUCACCAGAUCAAUUGCAAAGACAUUUUGUUCCAUUCAUUAAAAUAGACAGACCGUGUUUUUCUUUUCAAAGGAAACUCACCCGUAUUCUUUGAUAAACAAUAAACUGAGUUCUUCAGUGAAGAAACAAAUGCUCCUAUUGUCUUUACUCAAUACAAUUUCUAGGUUUAAAAAAACUUUGUGCAACUCGGACUUUGAAGCCUUACUUUAACUACACAGCUUCGAAGCAAAAGCAGUGUCUUGAUUCAAACUGGGUUCUCAAACGAAAAGAAAUUACUCUUGCCAAGCUAGAGAACCGGUGUUAACACAAUUAUGGUUUAUUUGAAAUUUAGGCAAUUUAGAACCUCCACGCCGCUUGUUUUGAAUAGAUUAAUAUCGAUAGUGAUAUACUAUUGUAAUAUAGGGACGGACAGUGGGAACUCGAUCCAAAGGUAAACAAAAACGCGUGGCGCCCUAAAAAUAUUGAAACGCCUUUUUUUUUUACGAUAUUCUUACUGAUGUUGCUGAAAACCCGCCCUCACUGAAAAUAUCCAUUUGUCGCUAUUAGUUCGCGUUUUCGACGCCUUUAAGCUUCUUUUCGAAGAACGUAAGUUGCUUAAAGGUUCCGUAUAGUACGCUAUGUUUAAGAAACAGCUUUUGUGUUGUACGUGCGUUUGUAGUGAACAAUGGUUUCUCGUUUUCUAUGCUUCGUUCUGUACAUUGUCUUGGAUGAGACAUUACAAUUUAACUCGAUUAUAAACAGGUUGUUAUGUCAUCUGAUCCUCUCGAGUUUUGAUAAAUGUUAUAAAUGCACCGACUUCCCUCUAAAAAAAAGUUUCGCAAACUUCUCGUCACGCUGUUGAGUUGCGUGUGAAAAGCUGCUUUCCAAGCACUCAUUUGAUGAAGCCCAAGAUUUUUUAUGAAACCACUAAAUGCCAAGAUAGUUUCUUCCUUUACGAAGAUAUGUCGCUGAUGAACAACAAGCAGGAGGUCUAUCCGCUGCUAGUAUUUUAAAGCCACAAUCAAUUUGCGACAAAAAAUUAGUGUUAUCAGAAAUUCUUACGCGUUACAAGUUUCCUUGAUAGAAAACAGCGCCCUCAACUCACUUACGUUGCUUGCGAGCAAACGCAUUUGUUUUAACGUUCUUUGAAAUAGAAUUGUUCGUGCAGGUUGAAUAUUACCUUUCCUGUCUACUGAGAACUAAAUAGACACGCUAGAAAACUUAACCGCUUUUCAUAAAGUCGAGAAACUUAACUCUCCAAAUCAUAGAGCUUCUUUCAAACAUGUGCAAUUCAACUUCAAUAUCAACUGGAAAUAAAAAAAUUAGGGUUUUAAAAAAGAAAGCUACAGAAAGGUUUUUUUUUAUCCAAAAUAGAACUGACACUGCGUUCUAAUUUUGUUCGAAAUAAUAUGUUUAACUGCGAAAAUUUUUUAUUCUUUGCAUCGAUGACAGAUCUAGAAUACGUAAAGAUGGGUCACAGUUUUCAACGUCAGAUCUGAAAGAGUCAGACGAACGUUGCAGAAAAUCAAUGACAUACCUACUAUUAAAAAUGGCACUGAAAUGACAAAUAAAAUAGGGUGGUUCUUUUUCCUUUUCUUAUGCUGUCAGUAAGUCAUAACCAGCGGAAUGAAUGCGGGAAUGUUCUGCUUUUGGAUGGUCUCUGUGGUAACAAGUCCACGGGGUGAGAAGGGCUGAAAAUUAGCGAGUCAUUUAAAAGAUGUUUUUCUGGCUUUAUCGUAAUGAAAGCACUUCAAACCAUGUGAAGACUCGUUAAGUAACGUGUCACUAAAACACCCGCUGUAUUGUUCGAGUCAUAAACAGAGAGGCCCGUGCGCCAAGUAUAAUGUAAUUGAAAAAAAAACCUUUUGUGAAUCGUUUCCUAGGUUAUACUGUUAAAAGAACAGGUACGCUUCUACUAAGAGAACUUCUAGAAAUUUUUAUUGUUCUCAUAGUUGGGUUUGAAAAUGCAAGUACAAUGUGUGGCCAUUGACAAUCUUCAGUAUGUUGCCAGGCCAAAGCAUCAGAACUCAUUCCAAACAAAAGCACCGGUUGUUCAGUCUCCUAGUUCGACAGACUUUUGUCAGCAAAAAAACGAUAGAAUUAGUAUGACUUGAAGGCUGACAAUUUUCAUAAUAUUGAGUUAUCGACGGUGUAAAUGAGGCAUAGGUUUCAUUAUAUUUAUAAAAGUUCAGAACCGUUUCGUUUCUAGGAUGCAAAGGUAUGUCUAAGCAAUGUUAACGGCUCUAAACAAUACAUUUUGCACUUUCCUAAAAUUGAUCAACAAUUUACCUGAUAGUUAAUUUUAAGAAGAUAUCUUUCAUUUUAAGACUGAAAUAUCCCAUGCUGUCGCCACAAAUAGUCAAAUGAAUAUCAAACUUCUCGGUAAAAAAAUAAAAAGGUUAAAGAAAAUGAAAAUAUAAUCAUGUCUCUGAAAAGGUGUUCCUUGUUAUGCUUCGCAUGAAUAAAAUAUCUGCUGCCACUCUCAAACAAGAUGUUACUCAAGGUGGUACAUUUUAAAUAUUUCAUAGUUAAGGUUUCAUAGCUUUUAUCUAUUAAUACGUCUUAGGGCUGCAUUGGCAAGAACAAAUUUACAGAUAGCUACUGCGCUCAACACGUUAUCGAUAUACAUCACAAAUUUCGACGCGAAAAAUGGAUAUUUUCUAGGAAAAGAAAAAACUCCUUGGCCGGAAUCCAGUGACAUGACCUUCUAAAAAAUUCAUUCAACGAUCAUAGAACUUUGAUAUGUAGCCUAAAACAAUAUCUUGUAGUUUCACUCUUUUAAAUUGCAUGAAUAGGUAUACAGUUUAACCUGAACACAUUCUUCAAGAGUUCGCGGUGAAAAUGUCUUUCAAGUGUAAAGUAAAUACAAUCAAGGCGAGCGCUAAAUGAAACAUGCCAACUUUUUGAUUAAAACGAUAAAUUUGACUACAGUGAACCAAAGACUUGUGCUCUUACAUAUUUUGAAUUUAAAUCAUUGUAUUUUCACUGUGGGAAGAAAACGUGCAGUAUUGCUCGGAGGGGAAUUUCUUUCAAAACUACUAAAACUAUAAACUGUACUGUAAUUUUGUCCUAUAAUCUUAUCUUAAUUAUUGAUGCAACCAUGGAUCGUAAACCUCCCAAAAGGUUUCUCGCCAUAUAGAUUGUAAAAAUCCCUUUUCUCGCACUUGUUACCGUGCAUUCUAUUUCUGUUGCCGUGCGAUUGUUUAGAAAGCAGAAUCACGUCCAAAUUCGUUCAUAUUUUGCUACAAAUAUCAAACGAAUUGUCUUAUUUUGUCGUUUUCUAGCCGUGCAACAAGAAAGACAACCGAAUUCCGCUCGCCUUCUCAAACCGCCCAUGGGGGAUGAAUACGCCAGCAAACUCGUGAACAGUGACUUCCUGACGAGUCUGAUUGUCGCGGAACCCUGCCGGGAAGCCGUACAUCGCUUUGGGCAUCAAGCGCCAGGAAUUCCUUAUCCAUCGCAACAAGAAAUCGCUACCUCGCUGUACUGCUCGACACCCGAUGCCAUCUGUGAAUCUGCAGCGCGUUUGUUGUUUAUCUCAGUAAAAUGGGCACGAAAUAUCCCUUCGUUUGUGAAUUUGCCGUUUAGAGAUCAAGUUAUUUUGCUGGAGGAAGGCUGGAGGGAGUUAUUUAUCAUGGGAGCCGUCCAGUGGAACAUGCCUCUCGAGGUAGCACCUCUCCUGGCCGCGGCAGGAAUGCAUGUGGAUAACACGCCUGCGGAAAAGAUUGUCGCUACUAUGGCCGAUAUUCGUAUGCUGCAAGAAAUCAGUGCGCGAUUUCGAAGUCUUCAAGUUGGCGAAGCGGAGUUUGCGUGUUUGAAAGCAGUGGUUCUUUUUAAAUCCGGUGAGUUGAUAGAAUUUAGCAUCAGAGCUUUAAAAAGAAUAUACUGCCUUUUUUUAUGUUUAAUUUGUCCCAUUCGUCGUGGUCAAGCUGAUGUGCAUCUCACAAAAAACUUGAAUAAAUAAGAAAUCAUAUCGUCAUUUCACUAAAAUCCGCAUUAUAAAUUCCCCCCGAAUAAUCUCUCGUAGGAAUAUAUUCUAUAGCAGUUUUUCGAAAAAAAAUUAUAUUCACAUGUCUUACGAGAUGUAAACAGGACAUACAUUAUGAAGUAUUGAAGAAAAGUACUGCUUCCAAAAGUUAUUAUUUAAAUAUGGAAGUUUUUAAUUUUCAUGUUAAGCAAAACUUUUAUUCUACUUGGUGAUGGCACAAAACAGAAGAAUAUUAAAACCAUGCUUUGUAUACUGUUUUUGACACGUUUUUAAAGAAAAACAACGAAGCAAAAGGUACAAUAGCUUAUCAUACGCCUCAGGUUCAUUGAGGUCUUUAUCUUGUGAUGGAUUGGGUUUAGAAAGCAUUUACACUGAGUGCUUGUAACAGAAAUGGGCGUUCUUGUUCUUAAUGGUCUGACCUUUCUUAAAACCCCACUAAUGAUUCAAAAUUAGAAGUCUUGUAUUUUGAAAGUAAAAUUUAUUCUAGAAACGAGUAAUCUAUUUGGAACUCCACACGAGCACAUGUUGUGUAGGUCGGAGUCGCGCGCUGCUAACCACUUAGAUUAAAACGCCAAGAAGAUUAGCCUCGUGUAGGGAGUUUUUUAGUUCUUCUUUAUUAACUGUGCGUAUCAAUAACCAUAUCAUAGAAAAAUCAAAGCCGCUUAAUUUACGCUAAUUACAAUACGCUUUGCUGCGCGCAACAAGCCUACACUGCUUCUCAUUUAUAAUUAAAAGAACCAUUUCUCUAUGAUUGAAUUUCUUAAUAAGACUGUGUGCUUCGGUUAUUGAAAUAUGCCUAAUUACGACCGUAGUGAAUUUCUCGUAUUAACUUUAAUCAAAUAUGAAACUUAUACUCUUUCAUAUUUAUGAUGUCGCAGAAACCCCAUCUGACUUGUUAUCUGCAUCGAAUAAUUUUGCCUUUAAAUAUAAAACAUUAAGUCAGGCGGCCUGAAAUCUAGCUUUCAAUUUAUUUGUGACCAAUUGCGAGAGUUUUAUGAUCUUCAGUGCAACAACGCGUGUUUUUGUGAGAAACUUGAAAACAUAUGAAGUUUGUUUUUUAUAUUUGUCAAAUAGUUUAGAGUCUCGUUAUUCCACUGUCGGAGUUCGAAGUUUCUUCAAAGGACUUCAAGUUGACGUGGGUUUGAGAGGGUAGAGAUUAUAACAAAGUGCUUAAUGGAACAUACCGCAACAAGACAAAUUGGUACUCGAAUGGAGUACUCUAAGAUUACCAUCUACAGCCUGCAGUCCAAAAUUGGGCGGCAUUGUAAAGGGCAGGUAUUUGAUGUUUACACACCACAAGCUCUGAAUAGAAAACAGUUGUUACCAGACAAGGAAAACACUGAAAAAUUUAAAUGCGUAUAGUUUUCUAUUCCUGCCCUUUCUUCUGUUGCAUGCUCCUAGCAUAUGGAAAAACAAUCGAGAAGGUAUGAAAUAUUUUCGAACUUUCGAAUAUCAAAACACUUUCGAAUCACUCAAAGCUUAAAUAGUUCUCGAUAUAUCAAAUCUACUUUUUCGAUAUAUCACAGGGUUAGAGGAAAUCCAUGACGCAAAAAUAUCGAUUUUCUUCUAAAAGUGCAUGAUAAAAUGAAUGUCUCUGUAUCGAUACAUAAUAUCUAACAAUGCUAAAUAAUGAAAGUUCUCGUCUUUAGUGUCUGUGGCUUGAAAGCAACGUGACGGAUAUUUUUACUCUGCGGUUUUCUUAAAAACAGGUGUUUCUUGGAGAGUAAUUCAAUAAAAAAAUAAUCUGGGAUCAUUUUACCACCCGUCAUGCUUCGAAUGUCAAGUUUUAUUCGGUAAUAUGUCCAAUUUACUGCUAUUCUGACCCAACUUACCACGUAACUAAGUAAGUCACGAUACAAGUCGGUAAAAAUCAGUGAUUUUAUUAAAGCUUUUUUAUGACUUAUUCAUUAACUUUCAAUUGACACUGUUUUUGAAACGUUUUAGACACGUCUUAGGAAAGGAAAACUUUACAGGAAUGCCGAAUGCUGGACAUAACAUGAUACAACCGUAAACUCGAAAAGUGGGUUGACUUCCCGUGGCCUAAUCAGCUGAAGGGUAGCAUGAUGUGGGAAAAUAAAUUUGGCCUGUCCUCUCCUUCAAAUCUUAAAGAGCAAGAGAAAACUCACUCCCUAAAAGUUUUGUUCACAUGAUUUCUUUACGUUUGUUUAUCUGAAAGCUCGGUCGUCAAAUGAAGGUUGACCUGUUUUCUUUAUAUAGGCAUACGGGCAACUGAGUGAAUUAACUAGGAAAUUUUUUUGUUUUUACAUCUCUCGUGACAUUAGGCGAUGUACAUACAACACUAUGUUCCUCGUUCCUAGAUCGUUGUUGACUAAGACUAAAAAAGCUCUCAUGAAGUAAAUAAUCCUUUACAUAUACAUGGCUAGUGUCCCACAAAGAACUUUAAUUUAUUAAAAUUUUGUAAUUUCUCUCAUACAUGGUACUCCUUGGGCGUUUCAUUGUGUAUAACGAUAUCAAAUGUUGUGGUCAACUCAGUUUUGAGCGUCAAUGAAAUCAGUGGACACCGAGUAAAACAUCACGUUCUAUUCAAGUAGCUAGCUUAUCACACAGCUUGUCAAGCCCGUCCGAAAAUUCACUUACUCAUUCACUAUUGCACUAAAAUAUUACUGUGAAUUGUAUGAGAAUUCAAGUCACGAGGACAACUUAUCCGACUCGCAGGGUUAAGCCAAAUAUGAAAGAUGCACGCCUCAAACUUGCUUUAAACCAUCUGUUAAUCUCCCUCUGGGUCAAUGAAAGUGAAUUUUUUUAAAUUAACAACAUAUCUUGGUAUACCUUCCCUCCAUAUGUUAGAACAUCCCUUCCAGAUAAUCUUGCAUCUCCCCCCGUCUACACUAAUUUUUAACCAACCGUUCCGUCCUCGCUGACAAAAGUUUUUUCCCCCUAAAAAUCAGAGCUCAGAGGACUGCGAGAUCCACAGCAAGUGGAGUGCUAUCAAGACCAAGCACAGAUCAUGCUGGGAGAUUACAUCAGGAGGCACUUUCCCGGUCAGCAAGUUCGCUUUGGGAAGCUUCUCUUGAUGCUGCCGUCCCUGAGGAUGGUGAAUCCUAAAACUAUUGAAGAACUGUUCUUCCGGCAAACGAUCGGGAGCGUGGCUAUUGAGAGCUUGCUUUGCGACAUGUUCAAGUCAAGCUGAACAGGACUCGUUCAUAGAUCGAUAACCAAAAUACGAGCGCUUACAUAGAACAAAGACAACCUAUACCACAUUAGCUGCUCGGUCGAAGUGACUUACUUUUCGAAAAUUGUAUGGUUUUUAAGAUUGUAUCAUACUAGAGAUGGCAACCUCUUUACAAGUCAUGAUUAGUGAAUCGUAGCCACAUUCACUUUUUCGUUUAUAGAAUAUAAAUCGGCUCUUGAAAGAAUAUUGACCGUAAGUUAACAAAAAAUUAAUUAAUGUAAGCUAGGAAAUAAAACGCACUUUUGCGCGUUCUUCUUGUGGCAACUGAAAACACAGAGAGUUGUCCAUAAAGAACACAUGAAGUCAUUGAAGGACAACUUACGAAAAUCAAUGUUCUUCGAUAAAGAAUACAACUUUCAAUUUUCAGGAUAAAAGAUAAAACCAAUCUUUAAUUUAGAGUAAGGACAUGACUGAAGGCUUCUUUAGCAAGCUUUGGAUAUUCGAUGAUAACGGACGGUGCGCACUUGCGGAAACAUUGUACAACCUCCUCUGCUGAAAAAUAGACUGAAACUGAUGUAGAUUUGUAUUAAAGUGAGAAAUCUUUACAUUGCU